CUCAGCCCCAGCCUCCCCUCCGCUCUCCUCGCCAUCGCCGGGUGUGCUGUGAGUGUGUGCCUGUGAGGAGAAGUUCCGCGGCGAGGCGGCGGCCGGGGCCGGCCCCAGCGCACGGCCGUGCCCGGGGCGGACAAGAUGGAGGUCAUCUGUUUGUUUGGCCAAAAGGCGUCGUGGCUCAGCUUGAGUCCCGCUCUGUGUCCCCAUCUCCCCUGCCCUCCUGUGUCCUCGCACUCCGUUCUCCCUUCCGCACCGGGAGAAGUGAAACAAGAAUCCUUUGCUGCAGCUUCCAGGAGGGAGUUAUUCCUAAAAGAUGCAAAUGCCGCAUUGCUAAGUAACUUUGAGGUGUUCCAGUUACUUACUGAUCUUAAGCAGCAGCGCAAAGAGAGUGGAAAAAACAAGCAGAGCUCUGGUCAGCAGAAUCUGAACACAAUCAUGUAUGAAACACUGAAGUACAUUUCAAAAACACCCUGUAGAUACCAGAGUCCUGAGACUGUGAGAGAUUUCCUCAUCGCAAUGAAAGGCCAUAAGCUAACCAAGGCAGAAAAGCUCCAGUUGCUGAACCACAGGCCUGUGACAGCAGUUGAAAUACAGCUGCAGGGAGGAGCGAGUGAGCAGCCGUGUGGUGCUCAGCCACCAGCUGGAGCUAAACCACGACAUGUCGGUAGGGAGAAGAUGAUCCAUACAGAGAUUUCGUGCAGGCACAUCAAUUCACUGCAGCUGAUGGCUGAGACACGACCUACAGAGAAGUGAAUACUAGGUCUAAAAUCGCCUUGAUUCUGUUUUCAUUGGACUUUCACUCUAAAGCUUUGAGGCGCUCCAGGAAUUGAAUCAGAAAUAAAUGAUGAUGAUGAAAACUUCUGACCAUUUCAUAUAAUGUAGGCAAAUCAAUCUUGCUUUUUAAGAAGCUAGCUUUAAACAAAAUGCUAAACAAGCCAUAUAUGUCUCGUGCUCCGAUAGUUUUGAUGUCUCAAACUUUUGUAUUGUUACCUGUCCAUGGAAUGCAGUCCAAUUUAUCUGAUAGGCUUUUAAUAGCUGAUGUGAGAGGAUAGUUAUAUUUACUGCUGCUUGUUGCUUUUUUGCCUUUCCAGCUUUUGGGUUUUUACUUUCCCUCUAUAAAACUUCCUGUCUUUAGUUGUAUGCAAACAAUACAUCAAUUUUGAUAAAAUUAUAUUUAAGCUAAGAAGCAACUUUAUGUUGUGAUCUUUUGAUCUCAAGUUCUUUUGUAAGUCUUUAUGCAUAAAUUGCUGGAAUUGUUCAUAUUUGCCUUUUCCGGACCGUGUGCCAGGAUUUAUUUUCAAACAACAAUAGCAACAAAAGGAGCAUGAAAUUCUAAUUCAUAUCCCACAGGGUAAGACACUGUACACAUUGCAGCUAUCUUGACCUCCUGUUUUAAUCUUUAACAUAUGUUGUUCCUGGCUCAGUAAUUCACAAAGAAGGAAAAAAAAGACAGUGAUGUUGCUCUAACCAUGACAGUGGUCCAGCUUUACUUAAUGCUGAACUGUGAUGGGUUUGAAGAUUAAGCAUCAUCUUUUCUAAUGAACAAAUUGCUCCACAUUCUUCCCUCUGAAUGGAAAAGUAGAUUUUAAUUCUGUGCUUUUUAAAACUAGAUUUCCAGCCUAGAGAGCUUCAUAUGUCGUGAUACGUGCUCUGCAUAACCAGCCUGCCAGAUUGUCUUUUAUUGUUAAAUAGAAAAUAACAAUAAUGUAAAGUGUUUUGGAAAAUGGAAGGUGUUAGAGGAUUUAAACAUGUUAUUUUCUCAGCAAUAUAUUUUGCUUCCCACUUUGCAUACUUGAUUAAUUAUCUCUGAGGGACAUUAAUCCAAUCAUUCAUGUACCUCCUACACUGGAGUUAAAUUAUGAGCUUGAUAGCUUUGGAAGUGAUCAGAACCCCUAUUUCCUUUUUACUGCAGUUUAAUAUUUAUUUUUAAAAUGGAAUUCUUAGCUUAUUCAAAUAAACAAUAGCUUUUAACCCACAGAUUGUUCUGUUCUGUGAUGCUGAGGUUGGUUACCCAUCAAAUAUUACUUAUCCUUGAGACAGUUUCUCAGUUUUUUUAGAACUUCAUAAGGUUCUUCAGUGUGGCUUUAUUUAUUCUUCAACAUUUGCAGUGUAUUGUCAUGGCUCAGAAGGCUAAAUGAAAUAAAUAUCAGCAGUGAAAGCUUAAAAGAAGCACAGUGAGGAUGAUGAAGUCUCUUAUACUUUGCUUUUACUUGGGUAAGCAGAAAAGAUACGGUAUUGUUAUAAUUAGGGAAAGCAUAUUCCUAAAAUGUCCUUGUUUCACUGAGUUUAAAAAAAAAAAAUCUAGAGAAGUAUAUGUGUAUAUAUAUGUCUGUGUUCAUAUCUUGUGCUUAGAUGUGUACAUGGCACUAUGAACAUACAGAUUUGUACAUUUAUUUUAUGAAUAAACACUUUAAUC